GAAACUCAUACAUCUCUUAUUUAUGGCUACUGCUUUUUCUGCAACUGUGCGUGUUUCAAGGCUCCAGAAACCUCACUUCAUAACAUCGCCUUAUCAUAAAGCUGAGCGGAAACACUCAUGGAAGAGCGUUGUAAAGAUUUCACUGGGAGUUUUGGCUUCGGGCUUCUCCGGAGCCUCAGGGCCAGUCUGCUGCGCCAUCUCAGACUUGCACAUACUGUACAGUACAUAAGAUGGGCGAAGACUUCUCUUUGGCGGCGUCGGCUUUCCCUGACGAUCGCAAGCUUCAGUAUGACGCAGAGUUCCUCCUUUGUCACGCCAAGAGCCCAGCGUUCAUUUCCAAGUCUGCGCAAUUCCUGCGUCGUUAGAAGACACGGCAGCUGCCGAAAACGUCGCCUCGCCAGGUUGGAAACUUUCGGUGGACGAUUUCAAGGUCUUCUAAAGGGGUGCGGCGGUUCUCGAGGACCACCGUAGCUCCUUCCUGCGUUUUACCGCGGACCAAGCCGGAAGAGGGGGAGAACCUGGAGGUCUUUCGCCCGGCUCUUCACGAAAAAAAGCCCACCUGCUCUCAAGUUGUAGCGCGGAGCAUCAGUCCGGCAGCCGGCUACGGAGCGGGGACGUCCUUCCACCUACGCCUUCGUCUCCCCUCCUGCGGCGGAGAGCGAAAGCGAAAGCCGGGUGUGGCUCCGCCCCGCUUGCUGCAGCUGGAGGGAACCGUCGAAGCUUCACAGGCUGCGGGCUGGGCGGCUCCAGGUCCGCGCUCCGGAUCUCCUCCCCCCCGCCCCUGGUCUUUCCCUUUGGCCUGCGAGAGGAUCGUCGCAGCAAGAAAGCGGAUCGCCCUCCCUUGAGCCAGCCUGGACAUGUGGAUGUUAUGCGUGUGGUGGGUGCUGCUGGGCACUCUGGGCACCGGUUCAGCCCAGCUGUUCUUUGAGAGUGUCCCAUUUCUUGAAAUAAACUACUGCAAUGGACCCCAUGUCAUCCUCCCUUGUGUGGUAACUAAUCUGAAAGACCAUGACAAAAAUUCAAUGUUUCUGUCAUGGCAAUAUCAAGGAAAUCAUUUUUUCAUUUAUGAUGGAGCUUCGGGUAACAUUAGCAAAAACAGUAGUUUCGAUACUGCAACUUUUCUCAACCGCUCGAUGGUACCCUACGGCAUUGCUUCACUUAAUAUAUCGACAAGCCAGGCUGCUCUUGGAAAUUAUACUUGUGAAGUAGUAGAAGGAAACAGAGAAGGAAAAACAAGAGUUGAACUGAUAACGAGUUCACCCUUCCUAAAUAAGUCAUCAGAAAUCGAACCUUGGUUUCAGCCUAUGGAGCGGUACUCUAUCAUUUCCAUCAUAAUAGUGAUUGUUAUUUUGUACUGGUGCCAGUUCGCUACAGUAGCUACAAAGUUUGACAUCCCAUUAAAAAAGAAAAUUGGCUUAAGUGUUACAGGAGUAUUACUAUCACUUUUAUCUGUGAUUGGUGCCAUUUAUUAUGCCAACGAUGGAUAUACAACAUUGACUAAAACUGGUAUUGGCCUCAUUGUCAUCCCUGCAAUCAUCGUAGUGCCUCUUUUAUACUUCCUGUUCACAUCAGAAUGCCAGCCGACAAAAGGAGCUGUUCUGAUUGCAGGCUUAGCAAUUAUUAGUGCUGUAGCAGCAAUUGGCUUAAUUUACAUUAUUAUUAUUGGUUGCAACUUGAAAGAUCAUCAGCCUCCAAGGAAAGCUGUUGAAGACUCACUUAAUGAUGCAAAAGGAGUAAUGUUAGAAUGAUGAUGCACUGGUUAUACAGUAAUUGAAUCCAAUUAUGGACAUGGAAACAAGUGGAGAGAGACUUUUGUUGAUACACCGUGGCCUUGAAGAUGCACUACUCAAAGAGAAAUAAAAUCAGGAAAUUAGUUGUUUUGCAUGUUUGGAAAAGUGCUGUAAUGGCUCACCUGAUGUAACUUUAUAGUCACAGCAGCUGUAGUAAUUUUAAAAGAGAAGUAAGUGUAUGCACGUGAGGUUCCCCCCUUUCCCUUCCUUACAGAUGGAUGAGAGCAAAAACCACAACACUCUUGGUCCACUUUCUCUUUAGUGCUGCACUUCUCAGAGGAUCUUGAAAAUGCUGUUUUGCAUAGAGACCAAACAUCACGAGGGACUACUUUUGGACAUCACAAUCUUGAUACAUUGGCUGUCGUCACCUCUGGGCCAGGGUUUUUGUUUGUUUGUUUUCAGUUUUGCUAAAGUGGGAAUUGCUCAAAGGUUCUCCUUUUCUUCCAGAAAAAUGUAUGUAUGUAUUUAUUUGCCAAUCCUCUUGCCCACACCUUAAAAAGUGAUGAACUCUAGCCCCACUUUUAAAAAAAAAGUUUAGCCAAGCCAGCACUGGAAUGUUUGAAAGUAUCUCAAGGUCACAGAAGAGAUUUCUAGGAGACCACUUAAACGAAUAUUUGUAAUGCAUGAUAGAUUGUAUGAUUUUCUUUCUUGAAUUUUUGUUCACUGUUCUCUAAAAACAACUGCAUUCUCAAUCUAUACUGUCAUGUGAAAAAGUAAGUACAUCCCAUGUAAAGUUUUCUCUAAGAUAUAUAUAUGGAAAUAUCAAUAUUUUUCUUAUUUAAAUAAUAUAUAAAGGUGACUUAAAUGAACUUUAAAAAGAAAAAAAAUGAUUUUGCAACCAUUUUUUCACCAGAAAAUUAAAAGAUGUGCCAUUUUCUUCUAUGAAAAAGAUUACGUACAUCUGUGGCUCUAAUACUGCACCUGGUAGAGCCCUUUGACAGAAACAACCUCAAUUUAACCUUUUUUUAAUCAAUCAUUUACUAUUGCCUGACAUUGCCUGGGUGUCAGGGUUCCAAAUAGCAUCCAAAAGUAAAUCAGAGUCCAAGACCAAUAAUUCCUCAAAGUUCCAAUUUAU